AUGUCUUCUUUACCCAAGAUUAAAGCCAUUGUUUUGGACUGGGAUGAUACCAUAACAAAUAAAGACACAAUUUCAUUAGUUGCUGAAGCUGCUUAUUUGACAAAACCUGAAUUUCCACAACCAUGGUCACAUUUCUCAGAGGUUUAUUAUUCAAAUUAUAAGUUAUAUACAUCCAAUUGGGGUGAAAGAACCACAUUCAAAGAUGAACUUGAAUUUCAAAAAGGGUUAAAACAAGUUGAAUUGAGCUCCGUGAAUGAGUAUGUUGGUUUACAAUUGUUUAAAGAUAUCUCAACUAAAUCAUUAGAGGAUCAAUCUUCAAAAGUUGAAAUCAAACCAAAUUUCUUCCAAAUAUUUCAAAAACUUUAUGAUAACAAGAUCCCUAUUAUUUUAUUGAGUUGUAAUUGGACUUCAAUAAUAAUGGAUAAAAUCUUUAAAGAUCAUGGAUUUGAACAACAUGAACAUUUCAAAAUAAUUACAAAUGAAUUUGAAGUUGAACAAGGUAUAUUAACAGGUCAAGUCCUUGAAAAUGUUUCAAUUCGUACAGGUGCCGAUAAAGUUGAACAUGUUCAUAAAAUAUUACAAGAUCUACGGAAACUUGGUAUAAAUGAUGGGGUUUACUAUAUUGGUGAUAGUUCAACAGAUGUUUUACCAAUGCUCGAAACAGAUUAUGGUAUAGUGAUUGGUGAUGGUUCAGCUACAAAGACUUUACAAAGAUUAAACAUUAAUUAUGACGAGGGUAUAAAAGGUGAUUCAAAGAUCAAACAUAUAAAAAACUGGAACGAAUUGAAUGAAUUAGUAUAA